UCAAAUGGGAAAUGACGUGUCCGCUGUCGCCAUCGUGGGCUGGCAGAGUGUAUUGACCCCGUCCUGCCCCAGCUGUUGAGUGCUACAGAAGCCUGAAGGAAGAGGGAAGAGAUUCAUUGGGACAUGAGUUCAUGGGACAACAUGAGUUCUCGGGAUGAACUCUCUCACGAGUGGACAGACAACCUCGACAAGGCCACCGGCAAUGAUUGGACUCCAACAAGGAAAGAGAGAAGCAGCUUGCGAGAAUACACAUACCACCUGCCUCCGGGAGACAGUGAUGAUACCUUGGAGGAGCCAUCAGCCGUGGACACUGCACAGCUCUUUCCGCUUAUGGAGACCAGGUUGUACAAACGACGGUGGGUGAUGCUCUUCAUCUUCAGCGCCUACUCCAUGAGCAACGCCUUCAUGUGGCUGCAGUACAGCAUCAUCAGCAACAUCUUCAUGCGCUUCUACAACAUCGACACCCUGGCCAUCGACUGGCUCUCCAUGAUCUAUUUCCUCACCUACAUCCCUUUCAUCCUGCCUGUCAUGUGGCUCCUAGACAAUCGGGGCAUGAGAGAUGUUGUGGUGGUGGGGUCCGCCUUCAACUGCAUCGGGGCCUGGAUCAAGACGGGCACGGCGAACCCCAACAUGUUUGCUAUGACCUUCUUUGGACAGUCCGUGUGUUCGGUGGCCACGGUUUAUAUCCUGGGCAUCCCUUCCAGACUUGCGUCCCUGUGGUUCGGGCAGCAGGAGGUGUCCACCGCCUGCUCCAUUGGUGUUCUGGGAAACCAGUUGGGUAUUGCCAUUGGGUUCCUGGUUCCACCCAUCCUCGUGCCUAAUGUGGACGACAUGGACGAGCUGGCAUAUCAUAUCAGAAUAAUGUUCUACAUUAGUGCGGGCAUGGCCACCGUCAUCUUUGUCCUUGUGGUCAUCGUAUUUCAGGAGAAACCCGAGAUCCCACCCACCCAGGCCCAGGCACAGGCCAGGAACAUGCAACCUGACGAGUACUCCUACACAGCCUCCAUCUUGAGGCUGCUGCGCAACAAGCCCUUUAUGCUCCUGGUGGUCAGUUAUGGCUUGAACGUCGGCUGCUUCUAUGCUAUUUCCACACUGUUGAACCGGAUGAUCAUUGACCACUAUCCUGGUGAAGAAGUGAAUGCUGGGAGAAUUGGUCUGACCAUUGUCAUUGCUGGUAUGGCGGGCUCCCUCAUAUGUGGCAUAUGGCUGGACAAGACCAAAACCUACAAACAGACCACCUUGGCCGUGUAUAUCCUGUCUCUCACUGGGAUGCUGGUCUAUGCCUUCACCCUCAACCUGGGUCACCUGUGGGUUGUGUUUGUUACUGCUGGAGUUUUAGGGUUCUUCAUGACAGGAUACCUUCCUCUGGGCUUUGAGUAUGCGGUAGAGCUCACCUACCCAGAAUCAGAGGGGACCUCGUCCGGACUGCUUAACUGUUCAGCUCAGAUCUUUGGAAUCAUUUUCACUAUCUCACAAGGGAAGAUAAUCGAUAAAUGGGGAACUUUAGCUGGAAACAUGUUCUUGUGCAUCUUUCUGCUAAUAGGAACAAUAAUGACAGGAAUAAUCAAAUCUGACCUACGACGCCAGAAGGCCAACCAACAGGCUGAGGUGCAGACAGUGAGUCCUGCAGACUCCCUGUCAUCGAUGCAGGACUACGGGGCCACAUCGUGCGGCAGCCACUGGCAGCAGCAGCCUUGAAAUAAACCCACAACCUUACUAACACCAAAACACACACCUGCCAAGGUAGGGGCACACAACACCUUGUUUUCAGAGUGUAAAAGCUUACUUAAACGUAUUACCGGUUAACUGCUACAUGUUCUAUUUGACUGCACAAUCAGCUCUUAAAUCACACACACUGAUUCACUGUUACUGUGGAUUUAAACAUUUAUCCGGUGGUUUCAACCUCAUCUAAAACUCAUUCUGAAGAGAGAAGUAAAGAUUUGUACUGAAUGUGAAGAGGUAAAUUUUUUUUUUUAGUUUGUUCUUUUGUCUUUCUGAACGCUGUGAGUCUUGAUGUUAAAAGCAAAUUCCAUUUCACUCGUUCAUAAAUGUCUGUCCUUUGCAGAAAAUAACUGCUGAUCUGGAAAGAGGAAGCUCUCCACCUGAAAUCUUAAAAGAGGGGAAGUUAUAAGGAGGACAGACAUUUCUCUGUCAAGGACAUUGUGUACAGACUGAAAAAAACCCCAACAAAAACUGACACAUCAACGAGCACAAAUGAGCACAGAGCUAAAAGCUGUGAAGAGUAAGUACAGGAGGAGGCUGAUAAUCACAGAGAACUGCUGUGCUGCUUUACAGAGUAACAUUUGAGGUACUGUAGGGACUCUGUGAUGCAGUAACUCACACUAGUAUUACAGGUGCUGCUUAGCUCAUCCCAAACCAUCAUGGGGGAAUGCUCUUACAAGGUUUUUACAUCAUCAGCCAAGAUUGAACUUAAGAGGAAGAUCUUUAAACAAAGGCAUUAUGCAUGUCUUGUUAUGUGCAAUAUAACUGCCACUUUAGUGACUCCAACCUUCAGUCUAACUGAAUUUCUUUCCUUGCUGCUACUGCCCUCUUCUGACUUGUUUUAAUAUAAUGUUUUAUGCAUUUAACUGGCAUUAUUUAAACUAUUUCCUAACAUUGGACCAAUAUUGUAAUUUAAUUCCUUCUUCACAUUUCUGAAGGUAUUCAUCUUAGUGUUCUGUUUUUAAAAUAUGCAUCUUCAGGACUGUGAUGUGUUCACCUGUCAUGACAGCCGAGUCACCUUUCACCUAAGCAAGGGUUUCAUAUCAAUCUGCCUGCCAUUCAGGAUGGUGUCAAAGUAUUAAUUCUGAACACUGCUGAUUUUCAGUAUGAUUGAUGCUGUGCAUCUGAAUAUGCUUUGGGAGGUCAGUGUUGUCCUCGUUUUACUGUGAUCUCUACAAAAAGACACAACAGGCAAGAACGCCUGAAACAUAAAGGAUGUCAGCACAGCAGGAGAUAAAAACACGAUGGGAGAUUGAGACUAAUCAGAUCUACUGCCCUUGUCAUUUUGCACAGUUUUUUUUGUGUACUUUUAGCUUUUGUUACUGUGAGAUAUACAGGCAGGUGACAAAUCAAAGGAAAAUCCACCAGAAAUAUAUCUUAGGUGUUGGGCCAACAUGUGCCAAAGCUGGAGUAAUGGAGUGCAGUUCUUCCAGAAAAUAUUACCUAAUUUGGUGUGAAUGAUUGGUGCUCAGUCUGGUUGAGAUCUGGUGACUGUAAAAGCUCUGACACAAAUCAUUUUCAUACUCCUUCAGUGACCCCAGGUGUCCAACAACAUUUUACUGAUGUCCACUGACCCUGAUUGGACCUAAAUAGUGCCAACGAAAUGCCCUCCACAGCCUAUCAGAGCCAAGAGCUCAGUGGUUCAGCGUUUUCCUUAAUUUUUGUUACCUGUGUGUAUUUCAUGCUUUGUAACCAGUAUUUGUACGGUUUGUCAUUUUUAGCACAUUUUACUUCAGGUGUUGUGGGUAGUUGUCUGGAAAUGUUCCUAUUUUAUUAGAACUGUUGUGUGUCUGUGAGAGAUGAUGGUUAUUCUUGGUCUUGAGACACUUUACAGUGCUGUGAAGUGUCCAAACCCUUAGUUUUUGCCAUUUGGUGUGAUGUAAAGUUGAUCCUGGAGAUGAGAAAAAAUGAAACUGCAAUACACUGUAUGGGAUUUU